UGUGAAGGAAGGUGUUUCAUUUACGUGUGUCAAAGCACUAGCAAUGGUCAAUAUGUAUUACAUUCACUAGUUUAGUCUACUAUCCGUGCCCUGGUACAUAAAAGACGGAGGCCUAUAAUUAGUGCUAUGAGAACCACAUGUGUUGGUUCUAAUUAGACGCCUCUGAAAACAUCAUUAAGGCAUGGUCAGUGGUUUUGGUUGUACCGUGUUUGGCCGAGGGACUUGAAUGCAUGUUUACCUUCCACCUCCGCCGUCUUUGACAGUGCCGCGUCUUUGUCCUGUUCCAGUUGUUUCAGGUGCGCCAGUUCUUUCUGCGCCAGUUUCUUCUCCUGCUCUUUCACCUGCUUCAGGAGUAGACGCAUUUGGUUGUCCUGCUCCGACUUCAGUUGCUGCAACUGACCACAACAUCACAAAAAAUGUUCAUUGCAAAGUUCAGCACCCAGUUAUUGAGAGAAUUGGCACAGUCGAGCUCAACCAUGAAAGGGAAUGAGAGGGAAUAAUGUUGUUUAUGCGAUCAAUUUAUUAAACAGCGUGAGUUUCGGUAGGUCAUUCAUUAAACAGUGGUAUAAACCGCUAGAGGUCGUUAAUUAAAGGAGUUUGCGCUAAACAAUCUUUGAAAACAAUAAUUUACGAGAUUUCUUUAUUAAUGUGCGUACCAACUUGACGUUUCUGAGCUUCUUCGUUUCUAGUUGGUCUAUCUCUCCGAGAAGGUCCUGAAUGUCUUUUCUUUUUAACUGUACACUGGAAAGAAAACGGUAUGAAAAACAGCGUCAUACUAAUGUUAACUAUGUUUGUCUUUACUUCACGUUCCAACCUCAAUACGAAUGUAUGUAUGUAUACUUACCGGAAUUCAAUGUAACUCUUUGCAGGCGUGUUCUUUUCGUCAACCGAUGGUUCGGACAUUUCCGAUACAUCUAUGGUUAGGACCUGAAGUGGAGAUAAUGUUAUAACGUGUACUGGUUCAUUUAGAUGUCAGGUGGUUCGUUGCUAUGUCGUUGUUAGUGAAACAUAACACCACAAACCAAUUGUAACCAAAGUAUACUUAAUCUAAUAAUUGCUGAAUACACGGCACAGACCUCGUGGCGCAACGGUAGCGCGUCUGACUCCAGAUCAGAAGGUUGCGUGUUCAAAUCACGUCGGGGUCAUCCUUUUUUUCCUUUCUUUGUCGUGGUGAUCGCCGUCUUUCACAUGAACAAUAUUUAACUUAGCCAUCAUAACAUACAUUUUCCGGUAACUUUUAUAUGUAUUCAUUUUUUUCUAAUCUAUUUUUAAAUCUCAUUUCUUAUUACGUUUUACGAUUUAAAUAUGAGAGGCCAUUUCACGCUUUUUGAAACUUUAUAUUACGUCCAACAUGGAGAGAAUACAAAGUGAAUUACCUAGCAUUAAACCCCUUUCCGAAUAAGGUCCAACGGCAGUUUAGGUCGCGCCCCUUUCGACUUAUGGUAAUAUGCACUGCUGUACCAAACGCGCAUCGGACGUCCCACUGGUUUCAGGUUCAACUGGAUGUCUGCUGCUGGUGACAACUUCGGCACGAGGGCUGCAGAGUGAGGAGAACCCGAUCAGGAGGCUCAGGGCAGCAGGCAGAGCUGAGGACAUCAGAGAGGAAGUUCCCCGUCCCAACCAGCAGCACCACCAGUGGCACCAUGAUCGACCUGAGCUUCCUGACCGAGGAGGAGCACGAAACCAUCCUCCGUGUCCUGCAGCGGGACGCCCAGCUCAAGAUGGCCGAGGAGAAGCGCAUCAAGAGCCUCCAACGCUCGGUGAAAGACAGGGGCCUGCUGAAGUACCUGAGCGGGGAGUGGUUCUACGAGAGAAAGCUGCUGCGCCAUCGGGACCGCAUCCACGGCUGUGACAUCAUCCGGGCCUCCAUAAGGCAUAAGCACAAACCCGUCACCCUGCUGGAGCUGUCACAGAUGAUCCCUGAGAAACCAAGCUUUGUAGCCAGUGUUAACAAGGAGGUGUACAUUCCCCCUGAGCUCUGUGGUCUCAUCCCUGAGGACCCUCAGAACAGAAGAAAUGAAAACUGGAUUUCAUUUGGUUCUUCAAAAGAGACACCCAAAUCGAAUAUACAGUCCCCCACAAAGCUAAGAAAGAACCCUUUCAACCAGGAGGCCCUUGCCCCUACUAAGCCCCCAGAAGUGACUAGGGACCCAGCGAGUGCAAACAACGAGCAAGCGGUGGACAAACCCCUCAACCCCACGCCUGCACGUCAUGAGGAGCCUUUAUCCUCAGCUGAAUUUCCCCUAUCUCAUUCUACUAACCCAAACCAAGAGCCCCUUGAAUGUAUCCCAGAAGAGGACACCAACACGUCCAGCCCCUUCCCCCUGUACAGAAGGACAUCACUCUUUUACUUAUCGCAGGACGGUGCUAGUCAGGCUCACUAUCCAACCCCUAGGGGCAUCCUUAAGGUCAUGUCCGACCAGGGCUCCACAGACUCUCUUGUCACCACCGGCGCAGUCCCCCAGAGCUCCCCAGACCGGAGCUCUGCUGCCGAGGACGCUGCCCCCACGGGGAGGGACGCCCUGGGGAAACAGGUGAGGUUCGGCCCUGCGGUGGGCCAAGGUGAGCCCCAGCUAGAGGAGAUGGAGCCCCGAGAACACAGUCUGCUGGAUGUGGAUCAUGUGGUGGGUUCCCUGUCAGCGGAGGACAACAAUGAUGGUGGUACCGCGGGCGUGUGCAGGCCUUUACUUAGACAGGUGGCUGUGGGCUCUCAGGAGAUCCCUGUCGUGAUGCCAGAAGUCAGUGCACAUCAGGUCCCUGGUGAUCUAUCAGAGCAGUAUCAUGACCAGUUUCCCCAGGUGUCCAAGCCUCUUUCAACUGAGCAGGAGUCAGGUAAGGCUUCUUACCUGGAGAACGGUACUGAAGAGGAUGCUCAUUCCCAGGCCAAAGCCAGAGAAUGGUUCAAAAUGCGCGCAGGAGACAACGUAACAUCACAGCCUGCUGUUGACGCCGCUUCAGAUAUCAUGCUCAACACCAUUUUGCCAAUUCCCAGAAGCAGGUUGCUUAGGACAUUUAGCAAAGCAGAAGCCAAGGACAACAAUACUAAAGAAGAGGAUUCCCUUGAGGAGAUAGCUGACGAUUCAAUAAAACCUCGGAUCUCCUCAACAUCAGCCGACAGUGUUCCAUUGGACAAUCAAAUCAACCCUGAUUGGAUCGAUGAAGAAGUAAAGUCUCCAGUGCCAAAAGAGGUCAUAUCACUGCAGCCCACAGCCUUACAAAACACGGCUUUUAAAGACAGCGACACGUCAUCAUUAGACACAGGCUCAGAUCCACAACAGGAACCAACCGAAAGUGAAGAAGAUGUGGCACAGAAAUUAUCCAACCUCAAGGCCUUCUGGGAAAAAGAAAACAGUGGACCGAAAGUGAUCUUCACCAGAGAGCAAGCUAUGACUGAUGGCAAUAAGAAGAUCUCGGCCGAAGACAUAACUCAUGAUAACGCAGGGUCUAUAACAGAAUUGACCCAGCACCAUGGAACAGCCCAAUCUCAUUACGAGACAUUCUUUCAAGAGAAUGAAAGUGGUAACGACUUAUUAGAUUUACCUAAAGAAGAUGGCACAUAUCACGCACAUCCAAUCCUCAUCAAUGACGAGACAGAUGAUUCUCUUGCAGGAUCAGUUAAAGAUUUCCAGGAAAGCAGCCCGUCUGGUCCUGAGAUGUGUUCCCCACUACUUCCUGAAGACAAGCCCACAACCAUUACAGAUCUCAAGGGUUAUUGGGAGAAAGAUUACACCACACCAAAGAUCAUUGUUGCAAAAGUUACGGAGGCAUCAAGCGGUGCUGAUCAUUCUAGACCAGACAAAUCAGAAGACCUCAUUAGCCAAGUAUGCCUCUCCCAACCAGACCUGAAUGAAGAGGUAGAGAACCCUAACAAUAUAGCAAGCGCUAAACCCAUGAUUGGAAAGGGCUUUGUUAAUAAGAGUUUGGGGAAAUCACAGUUGAGGAAACUCAGCCAAGAAAGUGAGUCUUCCGAAAGGCCUCUUAGUCCUAUUUUGUCUCAGUCUUCACGAUCCAGAGACUCUUCCGACGAUGAACUCAGAAGGAGUCCGUCCAAGGCUUGUCAUCCCAAGGUCCUAGUCAGGGAAUCCUCUCUGCCCAGGGGAUCUGCUGUUGAUGGUUCUCCCUUGAAAACCUUUCCGAUUGACAUUGCUCUGGAACCUAAAGACAACAAGGAAGAGGGCGAAAGGCCAACACCAGCACCUAGGCAAAGAACAGAUCCAUCGCAUGAAGCAAAAGCAACGGUGACGACUAGCUUACCCAGCAAAGAUAUCAUCUCCCGAUCUCUCCCACUAUCUCCUGAGGAUUCUGAGAAGCAAACACCACCUGGAACGCCCAACCCUCUUGCUAGAUCUUUUGUUCCUGAUGAUAAUCAGCACUAUCUUGGUUCCCCCGAAAAGGCCCAUCGCCCUCCGUUUGAAGAGGAAGAGAAGAACCUUUCCAGUCCCGUUUCUGUGGGUGAUGUUAAGAGUAAGGCACGACGUCCUCUUAAACGCCAAGGGGCAACCUAUGGCAAGGCUAUGAUCGAGGGUAAUCAUUCUCGCAUCAGAUCUUGGAUUGCACAAAACGCUGGAAGCUCUUCUCACGAAGACAAAACAACCAGCGCCCAGUCCGAAUUUCGGGCAAGUUCAGGCAGUUAUGAUGAGGGUGAUUCUAGCCCUGUCAGGUCAGCCUCAAAACAGAGACAAAUGCCUAUGUCCCAAAGCAUGGAGAAUCUUGGCGCACGCACAGAAGAAGACAAAGGCCAAGGCAGCUCUCUGGGACAGCUGAAUCUGAGUAUGGAUGACGUUGGGGCUGCUGUGCCGCCCGCCUCUCUCCACCCAGACCCCCUGCAGGUUCGGAGGAUGAGUAAAUCCGUGCCCGCGCUGCAGCAGCUGGAAGAGACGGACGACGAUGACGACGACGAGUCAUUUGGCACCAAACCCAGAAGGAGGACCACCAGCGUCGUGUCAAACCUCAGCCUCUCCUCGGGCCUGGCUUCCAUGUCCUCUGUCAGUGGCAGUAUGACCAGUAUCAGCAAUGGAGACUUCGGAGACAUUGAGGUGCAGGGCACAAUGCAGUUUGCGUUGAACUAUGUCCAGAAGCUGGGUGAAUUGCAGAUCUUCGUGGUCCAGUGCAAAGACCUGGCGCUGGCAGAACCCAAGAAGAGCCGCUCCGACCCGUAUGUCAAGUGCUACCUUGUCCCUGAUAAAACCAAGUUGGGAAAGAGAAAGACCACAGUGAAGAAGAGGACGUUGAAUCCCUCCUAUAAUGAAAUACUCAGGUUUAAGAUCCUAAUGGAAGUGCUGAGAAUGCAGAACCUCAACAUCUCCGUGUGGCACAAUGACACGUUUGGACGGAACAGCUUCCUUGGCGAGAUCAGCUUGGAUUUAUCCGAGUGGGACUUUGCAAACACCCAAAUAAACGACUAUGCACUUACACCACGGCCAUUGUCACAGUUUCCCUCUCCGCUGGCUAUGCGCUCCAAGCCCACCAACAAGACGGGGCAGAUGAGGGUGGCCCUGCGCUACCUCCCCCAGCCCUCGCACGGCAAGAAGACAUCCAAGAUGGAGCCGGGUGAGGUGCAGAUCUGGGUGAAGGACUGCAAAGACCUCCCGCCUGCCCGGGGGGUCAUCAUCGACCCGUUUGUGAAAUGCACUGUGCUCCCUGACACCAGCAAGAAGAGCCGGCAGAAGACCCGCGUGGUGAAGCGGACGGCCAACCCCAUGUUCAACCACACCAUGGUGUACGACGGCUUCCGGCCCGAGGACCUGAGAGAGGCCUGCGCCGAGAUCACGGUGUGGGACCACGAUCGACUCAACAACCAUUACAUCGGCGGCCUCAGGCUAGGUCUCGGAACAGGUAAAAGUUAUGGAGGAGAAGUAGACUGGAUGGAUUCUUCUGAACCUGAAACCAACCUAUGGGAGAAGAUGAUGGGCUCCGAGGGAGAAUGGGUGGAAGACAUUCUGCCUCUGAGAACAUUUGUGGUGGCAAAAAGCCGGGCCAAGUGAAUUUAAACUAAAUGGAAAGUUAAAAAAUACAUGUGUGGAAGCAAUAAUAUAUAUGGAACAUAACAGAUGGAACCAUUAACUGAAGACUAUAAUGUGCAUCUUGUUAAUUUGUUACGCAAGGCAAAGUGAGUCAUUCCUAUGUAUGAUACUUGCAUGAUUAACAUUCCAGUAGAGCGCACGCACACACACGCGCACGCACGCACGCACACACACACACACACACACACACACCAUUUGAUAUACCAUUUUUAUAUCGUCAAAUCACUUUAAUCCAGAAUCAAAACAUCACUGAUUUAUGAUCGUGAAUGAUUUGUUUAAAGACCAUUGUCAUAUACUCCUUAUUUGACCGAUGCAUGACUUCAAUAAACAGUACAUGAAAACAAUUCACAAGUGGAGUGAAGAUUUGCUCACUGCAUGAUAUACAUGUACAUUUGGUUACUUCAUGGCUACGAUAAGAAACUUUCGAGUUCCAUUAAAUGAGACUGCAUAGACGACAAAAUUGUGUAUGCAUGUGCAGUGCAUGGUGCAAGCUUUCUAGUAAGGAUGUAUCAGCUUUUAGUAAUAACUUGGGAUGUUCCAAGCAUUAAAUGACAACACCAGCAACCACUGCAAGGGGAAUGAUUAGGAUUGGUUGCUUAAUGAAGGGACGGAACAAAAAAAUCCUGUUUAAUAAUCUUCAAAUCAAACACACAGAAAUAAUCCAUGUAUGGUUAAAUGUGUCGGUAGUAAUGCGGGGAAGCAUAAGACAUGCUGCCUGGUGAGGGUUUUUUAUUGGCAACUCAUUCUACAUUGGUGGUUGACUAGCCCAGAAAGCUGCAAAGGUGGGAGAAGAGCUUGGGCUAAAUGGACAUUUGGUAAAGGUUUUCAUCCACACUAGGAGCUCGAAAGCAAUUUAAUGCGUAUCCAAAUUUUUAAUCUGAUAAUGCAGUUGUACAAUUCACAAGGGGCACAAUAUGCAGCUUAUUUGUAAUAUAGAAAAAAUAUGGAUGAUUUCUUGUUGGUGUGAGGCCUUUUUAUUACUAAAAUAAACAACAGUCUUCACUGAAGUGUAAUCAUAGUAACUUCAUUCUAACAUUCUUCGUGAUUUUAAGAUUUAUUCUGGCAAACUUUGCUCUUAAAUGUGGAAGGGUAUUUAAAUGUAGCAGACAUUUUUUGCUAAAAUGGUUCAUGACAGCCGUGUCCUGGGUACAAUUGUUUGAAGUGCUAAUCACAGUGUUCUUCAGACCUGAUUAUUAGAUUAUUAUACUGUUUGAUACCAGUUUCAGAAUCCUUGAAGUUCUGAUUAUAUCCACUUGGGGGCAGUGUGGUGGUCCUGGCCAUAAGGAGAAAAGUCAUCGCCACGAUGAAUUUUGGAUUCAGUAUUGAGCGGCCUACAUUUAUAAAACUAAGCAAUAAUAGUAGGCCUAUAAUCAUUAAACGAAAAAUCCAUGUAUAUAUUUUUUCAGAAAUAAUACAAAACAGGAAGUAGGCAAAUGCAUUGCGUGUGUUUUAACCUUUAUAGGUUCCUAGGUCCAUGGUUUGAACAUGUUCAUGAUGAACCUGCAUCUGCCAUAAUGCCAAAUAAAAG